UGAUCUCUCCGGGUGGAAAAUCAAAAUGCCUAAUCCCGCUAUAAAAUUCCCUUUCGAGAUCUGGCAAAUUGUUGUUUCUCAUCUACCACCACGUGAAUGGUUGAAACUACGCUCUACUAGCAAGGCGUUUCGAACAUCAAUUACAGAAACCCAAAGUAAGCAGGCAAAUUUGUGGGCAAAAAUUCUACCUAAGGAGCUUCCGGAGAUGAAAACAGACCAAGGAGAAGUUAUAGACCUGGUAUUGGUAGGACGCAUCAAAGAUAUAGGGAAAGCCGGCCAAAAGCCGUAUAUUUUUCUAGGAACUACUCCCUAUGGAAAAAGACCACCAAAUUGGAGGGGCAUUUGUCACCUCAUGGACGAUAUGAAUCAGCAAGUUCAACAUCAUAACCGAACUGGAGCAGAUCAUGGGACGUUCUGUCUUAAUACUGAGGGGUUUCUUAGUGCUAUUAAUUUACCACUCGACGGCUUUGUUCAGCUCUCAAAUAAAGAGUCUCGCGAUCUAUUAGAGGGGGAGAUAUAUGCCUUACGUUAUAAUACGCCCGGACUACAUCGAAUUAAUGUCGAAACUAGGCCUGGCUUUAUCAAAGGGUUUACAGAACUGAUCAUUCAGUUCGAAGACGCUUUUUUUAAGUUUGUAGAUUUCGACCGGGAGUAUAAAGCAUAGAACAGCUUAGAUAAAUACUCUAGCCCAAACUCAUCUUAGGCUAUGGAUAGUCCAGAAAUCAGUUAGCGUUAGUCUUUCAGAAAGGAUGUCCUAUCAAUUCUAGGGGCAAAAAUAAG